CAUUUCGAGCGUUACGCUCCAAUUAGCAAUAACAACAAAAAGCUAGUACCUAUUCAUAAUUAUUUCAGCCACAAAAGCGAACAAUGAAGCUGAUUGUGUGCGUUAAAAAAAAAAACGUUGUUUAAAGCAAAACUGACGACCGCAUUUGUCAUUACGAAAUUUGAGAAGCGCAUAGCCAACCACAGCGAGUGCUACAAUCACUACAACAACAACGACAAAAACCAAAACAGAUUUAGUAGCAAUUAAUGAGAUAACCGCAACAGUAGCAGCAAAAAAAUUAGUUGUGCGCGCGCAAUUACCAACAACUUCGUAGCUCACCUGUUAACAACAAAAUUUUAGUUAACUUAAUCGCAACAACGGUAUUUAGAUGUGCGCAAGCGUGCCCGUUCACCUUCCGCGUUUCGGGUAUUCAUAGCGCGCGUUUCCACCUUACAAACUCUCUCGCGUUGUCUCCCGACUGUGUCGCUGAUGAAUGCUUAGCUUCGCGGGGCGUUUGUGUUUUUAGUUGCUGUUGUUGUUUAUUGCAUUCGAAGCUGUUAAUUGUUGCACUAUUAGCUUUCGUCGCCUCGCAACUCUUAACUGCCAAAUGCUGCCUUAUUUACUCAUCUCAGUCAAGUAUGUACGACAGUGUGCGGCAUUGUGUUUUUAACGGUGUAAAAAUAAAUAGUAAAAUUCUUUGCUCUAAUUUUUCAAGUCGAAACGAAUUUGUUUGUUUUAUAUGUACAUAUGUAUAGUGUUUUCUUCAAUAAAAAAAGCUGAGCUAAAAAAAGAAGCUCCGCGCUACGCUUGAACGCAGUUCUCCUCGACGAAGCUUGUGCUCAUAUGUACACACAAACCUUCCAAUACAUAUGCAAGCGCAAGUGUACUGCGGCUGCGCGAACAGAAACUUCUACUGUCAACAGCGACGUCAAGUGGAAACACCGUUCAUGCCGCUGCGCUGACGAGCAUGUAAAACAUUACAAGCAGUCGCUGGCUCAUUUAUAAAAUAUUAAACCAAAGAGAAAAUCUAAGAAAAGUGAACAAUAUUAUAACGCGUUCGGCGCGCACUAAACUAUUGACGGGCGCGCUUCAAACAGCUGAGCGCCAUAUGCGAGGAAGGUCAACAGCGCGCGACGCAAGCAAUAUUGACGCGAUUAGUGCAGCGAUCGACGCGAACAGCGACAUGAUAUUUAUACAUAAGUGAUACGCAAUUAAAAGCAAGGCGGGCGCGCGUGUGUGUUAGUGAAUGUACAUAUAUUGUGCUAUUGUGUGCUGCUUGCGCGUAGUGCAUGCGUUGCUUCUAAGUGAGCCGGCGCGCCACAUGUAUCUAAUUACACAAUUCCAAUUCCAAGAAGAUGUUUAAUAGAUCUGUGUGAAGAGUGCGAAUUACUCAUUGUCAGCGUCAAAGUGCGAUCGUAGAAUAAUAUUCGCUUGUAACGCUACACGCCACUCACCGACUCACUGCGUCUCAAUCAGCGUCAUCGCUUGCAUUAAAUUUUAAUUAGCUGAAAAGAAGUUUGCACGAAAAAGUUAUUUAAUUUACCCACGAAUUGUAGCGCCUGAAGGCGAGUGUAGACAAGCAACAAUACAGCUGACUAUAACACGUUAGUGGCAGGUGACUAAAAAGUCUCACCAUAUAAAUUAAACAAAUCUUCGACUCGAUAACCGAUCUUACGCUACAGCGCGGCACUAAGCGUCUAAUCGUCUGGUGGCUCGCGUGCGUCAGAGCGGUUGUAUUGCUGCGUUCAAUGGUCUCUUCUGCGUCAGUUGCUUUGUGACAAUAAAAAUGCUUGUUACUAACAACAACAACAACAGCUCAGUAAUAAUACUCACAAAAAUAUCAAAAACUGUACAACGAAUAGCCAACCACUGUGGGAAUGAUAUUUUUUGUUGCUGUUAAUCGCUGUCAUUUGCGUCAUGUUAUCGUGCCUUGACGUCAUUUGACGUUGCAGCGCGUAUGCCGACUACAAGACCUCUUCAACGUUGGGCGCAGCGAAGAAAGCCAUAAAAAAAGAACCGCAGAGUGCAAACGCACUAAAUGAAAAAGAAUGAGUCAAGUACCCACCAACAAUAAAACUAAUAAUAAGUGUAGCAAAGUGGCCGACAAAAAAUACAAUAAAUGCCUGCAGCUAUCGGCGCAAAGAAUUACGAAAAGAAUUAUGGGCAGCAAUACGAGUCGACACAGUACCAGUACCGGAAUGAGUACACUUGACAACGCCUCGAACAUGACCAUGGCUGCAGAGACUGCAACGUGCCGUGUUCUUUCAACAACCGUCAAGAAUGCGCUACGUCCGCGCCACAAAUGCGCGCGGGGGACGCAUAGAAUUAAGAACUCGCAUUCAACACAGAAACCUACGGCUGUCUUCAAAUUGACAACUGCGCCAUCCGGAAGCGCAUCGACCGAAACGCAAAUUUCUGCGCACCCUGCCAGCACUUCGCUUUAUGACGUGUCCGGUGUGAGCGCUGAUGCAACGGUAUGCUGUAAUCCAAGCGAUGAAGCGGUAGGCGUGGAUGACGUAGACAAAUCCACGAUCGCGUGCGAUACGUCCAGAUGCAGCGAUGCUGCUAAAGAUGCCAGGAGUAUUGGCGAAAGUGGCCGUUCGACAUCAGCGUCGAGCUCAGUGCAGAAGCUUAGUGGUUCCCAUGCCACAAGAGCAUCAGUUGCUACGAGUAGAAGAACAAAGGCGGUGGGGAACAUAAAAAUAACCACAACAACGCGGCGGCCAUAUACACAUACAACAACGACAACAACGGCAUCAACGGAAACUCAAUUAACGAAAGCAAAAAAGAUUACAGCGAGCAAUACAACCAUAAGUAUACACGCACCGACAUCGACAUCGACAGCGGCAGCGGCAGCGUCAGCAAUAACGGCAAAUGAGCGAGUGCGGAAAGCUGCAAUAGCAGAGGAAGCGGCGGCGGCAUAUUCGGCUGCUACACGAUUAACACAAUCGGCGAUUCGUUUGACGUCUGCGAAUUUUACGCCGAUCGUGACGGCAGCACAGGUGGCAGGGGCGUCGACGGCGGUAAAUGUGAAAUCAAAAUUCAGUGAAAAUAAAUGUCCGUUGGCUGUGCUAACGAAUGUUAGUAAUCAGAGAAAAGUUGAAGCGAACAGUACGGUACCAGCGCUAAAGCAGUAUACACUUAGCGGCAACAACGUAAACUCUAGUCACGAAAAAAGUACCUGUGUCAGCAGUAGAACAAGUGAAGAAUUGAACAAAAAGUGGCCAGAAGAACUUAGUUCAGCCGACACGGAGUGUGAAACAAGUAGAACGGCAAGAAUAGACGCCGGUUCUAACAGCAACAAGGAUAUCACAAGGAAACAGAACUUGGCUGCACGUAAAGCCAAAUUGAAAUCGGAAUUUUUCAGGGAUUUCGAAUCACGCGGCCAAGUCAACAAGCGAUUGGCACAGCCAUCGGCGCUUAUUAAUAUUUGUAGCGUGGAUUUACCCAAACGGUUUUCGGAUAGCGGUCAAUCGAAUCUUCUGCAAUCUCAAGUAAACGCGGGCGUCACACGGAGUACGAGUCCUUUGACAACAGCAGCAUUACUUUUGCCACAGAUUUCUGUAAACACCGCUGACACCACUUCUCCCGUAUCGCUGGUAACCAGGCGCAAGUUAGAUCUGAAGCGAAAGUUCGAGCAGCAAUCGUCGCCGAGGGCGUCUCCCCACUGCCAUCAAUUAGUCUUGAUUGGUGCAUCCAGCGCAUUUCCACGUGUCGAGGAAUUAGUACAAAAGUUCGAUUCGCAACCGCCUAGCCCCGCAAGGAAAAUGAUUGUCAAUCCCAACAAUUCGAUCGAAGCGGCAGAUAGCAAUAUGUUGUCCUUGAAGCCAGACGUACUGGAGCAGCGCAACAGUCCACUCUCGGACGAAGGCUGCAACCUGGGACAGAGCCCCUACUCAUCGGAUAAUGAGGACAAUGAGUCCACCAACACAACCUCAACAGCUGUGCUACAAUCAAAGCACAAAGAUAAAGUCGCGCGUUCGGCGAGCAGCGACUCCGCACUCGGGUUGGACGUAGACGAGUCCAUGGACACAACACCGGCACAGCCACCAACCUGCCCACAACAGCGCAGAAUGACACUCACUGUCACGGAUUUGCCAUUGCGGCCGGCACUCUUGCCGCUAGCCGAACCCACUGCACUGCCCGACUCGCCGACCAUCGAUCUGCAGCAGACAGUCAAUAUUUUACCAGCUCAGACCACGGUGCCCAGCAAGGUGCUACUGGAGGAGCGCGUCGUUGAGCUGCCGGAGGAUCCACGUUCCCUGGCGCCGUCACAACCCUGUUCACGGCGCGAGUCAGCGCAGAGUUGUGGCAGCGACUACGCAUCGACCGAGUUUCCGGGCGGCAGGCGAUUUGUACGCACACCCUCCGUGGUCGUUUCAGACUACUCAGACGAUGUCAUGUGCGGCAUAACUCUGGAGGAAAUCGAGUAUUUCCGCGCACAGCGCAUGCAACGACGACAUUCCUCACUAGACACUGCCAACGAGGGCGAAGGCGAAUCGGACGUGAGCGCCGCGUCUUCCUGCAGCAAUCUCUACUACUGCGGGUCCACAAUAUCCGCAUUGGACGGCGCCGAGUGCUACGUGAAUGGCGUGCGCACGUCCUUGGACCGCAAGACCAGCGACUGCUCCACAUGCUCGGUCAGCGCAGAUGAGGAGUCAUUCACCAUUCCCGAAGAUCCACAACAGCAGACGGGCACGAGCAAGGACCUCGCCGACCUACUAGCGGCGCAACAUUUGAGCGCAAAGCCAGCAGCAAAGAAGGUAGGUUUGGUGGUGCCCCUGAGUGAGAACUUGGGCGAAAAGUUUACCUAUUGAGCUCCUUGCGAGCCUAAGCAAGCCUAAAGUAUUUUCUUAUCUACAUGUACAUAUUUUUUCACCCAAAAAACUGUUGUAACUUGAUUAGUUUUAGCAAUUAACUGUAUAUUGUACCGGAUAUGUAUGUGUAGGCUAUCGUAUGAACGUAAU